AUCAACCACGUGCCUUAGAGUGAGUUGCCAUUGUUCAACUUCUACAAAACAUUGAUUUAGUCAAAACUUUACUACUAGCUAUACUUGUUGUCUAUUUAUAACGCAUCUUCCACAACUCAUUGCUCUUCACUCCAAAACAUAAAGAGAAACCUACAAACCAAAAAGAGAGAGCAAAUCAAGAAAUGUCCAUCUUUCUCUAUUUCAUCUUACUUUUACCUCUCCUUUUAAUCUUCUUGAAACACCUCUCACCUUCUAAACGGAAGCUACCUCCGGGACCUAUAGGUCUUCCCCUUAUCGGAAACUUGCACCAACUUGGAAAAUCUCUUCAUAGAUCUUUCCAUAAACUCUCUCAAGAUUAUGGACCCGUGAUGUUUCUUCGAUUCGGCGUGGUUCCCGUGGUUGUCUUUUCUACAAGAGAAGCAGCUGAAGAAGUUCUCAAGACUCAUGACCUUGAGACUUGUACUCGACCAAAGCUAAGUGCAACCAAGUUGUUCUCUUACAACUACAAAGACAUUGGUUUUGCUCAGUACGGUGAUGAUUGGAGAGAGAUGAGGAAGCUUGCGAUGCUAGAGCUCUUUAGCUCGAAGAAACUAAAAGCAUUUAGGUAUAUUAGAGAAGAAGAGAGUGAAAUGCUUGUCAAGAAACUCUCUAAAUCUGCUGAGACGCAAACUUUGGUGGAUUUGAGAAAAGCUCUUUUCUCUCUUACCGCGAGUAUCAUUUGUAGACUCGCUUUUGGACAGAACUUCCACGAGUGCGAUUUUGUCGAUAUGGACAAAGUUGAAGAGCUUGUGCUCGAGUCUGAGACCAAUCUUGGCUCAUUCGCGUUCACUGACUUCUUCCCCGCGGGUCUUGGGUGGGUUAUAGACCGGAUCUCUGGCCAACACUCGGAGUUGCACAAAGCCUUUGCUAGACUUAGUAACUUCUUUCAACAUGUGAUCGAUGAUCAUUUGAAGCCUGGACAGCCUGAAGAUCAUUCAGACAUCAUUAGUGUCAUGUUGGAUAUGAUCAAUAAACAAAGCAAAGUCGGUUCGUUUAAAGUCACCUAUGAUCAUCUGAAAGGAGUUAUGUCGGAUGUGUUUUUAGCGGGAGUGAACGCAGGAGCCAUCACCAUGAUAUGGGCCAUGACAGAGCUAACCAGACAUCCAAAGGUGAUGAAGAAGCUCCAGCAAGAGAUCCGAGCAACCCUUGGUGACAACAAAGAAAAAAUCACUGAACAAGAUCUAGAGAAAGUUCACUACUUGAAACUUGUGAUCCAGGAAACAUUUAGAUUACACCCACCAGCUCCCCUCUUACUCCCAAGAGAGACCAUGUCUGAUAUCAAGAUACAAGGCUACAACAUUCCCAAAAAUACAAUGAUUGAGAUCAACACUUACGCAAUAGGGCGUGAUCCCAACUGUUGGCAAAACCCCAAUGAUUUCAUUCCCGAGAGGUUUAUCGAUAGUCCUGUGGAAUAUAAGGGUCAACAUUACGAGUUGUUACCAUUUGGUGCUGGUCGCAGGAUUUGUCCAGGGAUGGCCACGGGGAUAACUAUCGUGGAACUAGGUUUACUGAACGUUCUUUACUUCUUUGAUUGGAGUUUGCCCGAUGGAAUGACAAUUGAAGACAUUGACAUGGAAGAAGCUGGAGCUUUCGUCAUUGCCAAGAAAGUUCCUCUUGAGCUAGUACCAACUCCACAUAAAUGGUGAAGUCGUGAAAAAAGUAAACGAUACAACAAUAGUAAAUCAUAGAGCUCUAAAUCAUAAUAUUAAGAUUUGUGUGCAUCGGUCUCUUGCAGUUGGUUCGAUUUUUAUUUUCUUUUCAUGAGUAAUUGGUAGAAUUAUGUUUCAUAUUUUCGUAAGUAAAGUAAAUAUAAUAAAAAAGUUUAAUUUAAAAACC